CCGGCUGCUCGGCAGUUGGCUCGGGAACCGACAGGGGGCGCGCGCGGACGGGCGUUAGGCGGUGGCCGCGGAGCUGCGAGAGGGCGAGGAGAGAUGGCUCAUGGCAACCCCGUGGUGAGGGCGAAAAGCUGGGGUGGGGGGCUAGGAAUAGGGGGGAGAAGCUCAGCUUGGCUCAGGGAAGCGCCCAGGCACGUUUAGACCCUGGGCUUAGCCGGCUUACAAACACCCCACUUCCCUCUUAGGAUGCUAAUGCGCCUGGCUGUGUUUGGGGGUGUGUGUGUCCUUUUGCAGAGGGGGGUCCCCAAAUUCCUUCCCUUGAGCAGACCCAUUAAGAGGCUCUGGGUGGUACUUGAAAGAAUCGCUCGAUUGGGGGAGCAGAAACGGUACAUUUUUCUUUUAAAGCCGCUCCCCCAGUCCUCCUGGCAUUUAACUGAACCGAACCCCAAGAGAUUGGCAUCAAAGCACCCCGUGUCAGAGAGGUGGUAUAUAUCACCUUUCUGUUGUGUUAUGUUAGUAUAAAGGUAAAGGGACCCCUGACCAUUAGGUCCAGUCGUGGCCGACUCUAGGGUUGCGGCACUCAUCUCGCUUUAUUGGCCGAGGGAGCCGGUGUACAGCUUCCGGGUCAUGUGGCCAGCAUGACUAAGCCGCUUCUGGCGAACCAGAGCAGCGCACGGAAACGCCGUUUACCUUCCCGCACCUAUUUAUCUACUUGCACUUUGACGUGCUUUUGAACUGCUAGGUUGGCAGGAGCAGGGACCGAGCAAUGGGAGCUCACCCUGUUGCGGGGAUUCGAACCGCCAACCUUCUGAUCAGCAAGCCCUAGGCUCUGUGGUUUAACCCACAGUGCCACCUGCGUCCCAUCAUGUUAGUAUAGGGCACCGUUAGUUGUAUGCAGUUGUGGGUGAAGACCACCACCAGCCUUGAUUUACAUCGCUUUGAAAGGGAUGGCUAGGAAGAACUAGUCAGGCUAAUAAUGGUCUCUUGGUGCACUUUGAAGCCAGGUUACUGCACUGAAGCUUCCGUGUUUAGAGGCAGUCUACCUUUAAACCUCCAUGUGCACUGGUGGUGGGGAGUGGGAAGGCAGCCAGGGCAGGGCUGUUGUUUUCAGGUCCUGCUUCAGUGAUUCCCGAAAGCAUUUUGGGAAACGGAUGCUGGACUGCUUGGAAGUUUCGGCCAUCCCAGCAGGGUUACACUUUGGUCUAUAUUUUACAUCCUGGGGCUAAUCUCUCCCCCUGCCCCGAAUGUUGCUAAUGGAGGUAGCCUGCAGCUACCUCUCCUUCCAAAGCCCUGGAACGUUUUUGUUCUUGUUGUUUAGUCGUUUAGUCGUGUCCGACUCUUUGUGACCCCAUGGACCAGAGCACGCCAGGCACUCCUGUCUUCCACUGCCUCCCGGAGUUUGGUCACACUCAUGCUGGUAGCUUCAAGAACACUGUCCAACCACCUCGUCCUCUGUUGUCCCCUUCUCCUUGUGCCCUCAAUCUUUCCCAACAUCAGGGUCUUUUCCAGGGAGUCUUCUCUUCUCAUGAGGUGGCCAAAGUCUUGGAGCCUCAGCUUCAGGGUCUGUCCUUCCAGUGAGCACUCAGGGCUGAUUUCCUUCAGAAUGGAGAGGUUUGAUCUUCUUGCAGUCCAUGGGACUCUCAAGAGUCUCCUCCAGCACCAUAAUUCAAAAGCAUAAAUUCUUUGGCGAUCAGCCUUCUUUAAGGUCCAGCUCUCACUUCCAUACAUCACUACUGGGAAAACCAUAGCUUUUACCAUACGGACCUUUGUUGGCAAGGAACGUUUUUAGGUUAGAGAAAAUGAGAGCAAGAGGCGACAUGAUAAAAGUUAGUGAAAUUAUGCACAGCACAGACAAAGUGGACGAGAGAUAGAUAAACUUUAUUCGCCUUAGCCAACAGCCAUAGCAACAUAAAACAAGCAAUAUAUACAAUUAAAAAGACAACAAUGGGUAAAAAGGACAAUCAGAUGACCAAGAUUAUCGUUCAGAUAGUGGCCCUUAAUCCUAUUGCACCCUCGAUAAACCUAGCAACCUUUGCUGUUGUCUGAUCGUUUUGAUCUGAUAAAAGAAAGAACAAUGUGGCAGCAGAUGGGCGGCCUGGGAUGGUAAGUAAGAGUGGGGUGAUGAUCUCAUUCCUCAGAUCUUUAUAAAGGGGACAGGACAGGAGAACAUGAGCCACUGUUUCCAGAUAAAGUGGACAAGAGAAUAGCUUGUCUCCCCCUCUCAUAACACUAAAACUCACGGGCAUCAAAUGAAGCUGAGUGUUGGAAGAUUCAGGGCGGAUAAAAGGAAAAGUUCCCCCUUCACCACAGGACAUAGUUAAACUUUGGAACUCACUUCCACAAGAGGCAGCGAUGGCUGCCAGCUUAUAAGAGGAUUGGGCAAAUUCACGGAGGAGAGGCUGUGCUUUUGUGCAAUGGGUCAGUGGUUGGUGGUCUGAGCCCACUCAGGGUUGGCUGUGAGCAGAAUCCCUCCGUUACAGGGGGCUGGACUAGAUGACCCCUGGAGGUACCUCCCAACUCUAUAAUUCUACUUUGUACUAGUUGCUGGGAACUGCAGGAGGGGAGAAUGCUCUUGUGCUUGGUUCCUGCUGGCAGGUUUACCAGAAUCACCUGACUGGUCACUGUGAGGACAGGAUGCUAGACUAGAUGGGCCACUGGCCUAAUCUAGCAGGCCGUUCUAGGGACCUCAAGGGUCAUUGAGUCCAACCCCCCGCAGUGCAGGAUACAAAAUCGCCAAGAAGGGAGGUAGCACAUUCCACUGUCUGUUGAGCAUUUCAGCCUCCGUUCAUGACUGCCAUGAUGUCCUGAGCUACUCCAGAGCACGGAUAUUUUAGAAGAGCAAACUUAUAAACCUGCUGUUUGAACAAAACCCACAUGGAACAUUUAAUUCGAGGGGCUGUCACGCUUCAGACAUUUAUUUAUUUUUGGUGUUAACUUUGUGCCUGGUUUUAAAUUUGUCGAUGCUACCCAAAUUGUUAACGUGCUUAUCUUAAAACUCAAGAUCGGGAGAUUACUCGCAAAGCUUCUGUUAUUAGAAUAAAUGUUUUGUGGGCGUGUGCCUAACAGCACUAAACUAAGCCUGUGCUGAAAUUAAUGUAAUGUAUUUUCAGGGUAAAUCUGACCUAGUUUGAAAGUCUUGAAAUUUUAGAAAUGACGAUAACACAAGUUUGCAUGUAUUCUGGGGAAGUUUCUGAAGCUUUACAUUUAAGGCACUUUAAAAAAGAAGAAGAAGAAGAAGAAGAAGUGAGGAAAACAAGCUUAAUGUUGCAAAGACAUUUAUUUGCUGGGAAAUGUGGCAAAAUGUGAAAUUAAUAGCCUGCUUUGCACGUCACACCAAGCCACACCAUGACUUACUGUGAAUGCAUGGGGGCCUGAAGAGAAACUUGUGUCGCCUUCACUCCCUCCUGGGUUGUUUUGCUUCUGCGUUGAACAGGUGUGGGGUUAUGGCAUUUGUAUGGCUUGAGAGACAAUGGAGUGUGCCUCUGGGGGUGAAGUCAAACUUCUCCAUUAGCAGCACCAAAGUGACCUCCCUGGGGUGCAAGCCUGGGCGGUGUGUACAUAAUAAUAAUAAUAAUAAUAAUAAUAAUAAUAAAUAAAAUAAAAAUAAAAAUAAUUUUAUUUACAUCCCGCCCUCCCCAGCCGAAGCCGGGCUCAGAGCGGCUAACAACAAUAAAAUAAUACAGCAUUCUAAAAUCAAAUUCAUUAUAAAAUCAGUCCAAAUCAAAUUAAUGGCAACCAUCGGGCUAGAGUUCUGUGAGGAUUACCAAAGGAGGGGGUCAGGCUGUGCCUUGGCCAAAGGCCUGGUGGAACAGCUCUGUCUUGCAGGCCCUGUGGAAAGAUGUCAAGUCCCACAGGGCCCUAGUCUCUUGUGACAGAGCAUUCCACCAGAUCGGGGCCACAGCCGAAAAAGCCCUGGCUCUGGUUGAGGCCAGCCUAACCUCCCUGUGGCCCGGGGCCUCCAAUAUGUUUUUGUUUGAAGACCGUAAGGUCCUCCGUGGGACAUAUCAGGAGAAGUAUGGAAGUCCUGGGCUUCUCAGACAACAAGACCCUCCUCUUGGCCUCGCUGAUGUGGUCCAAAGGAAAGCAGAGCAAGACGUGUUGCACCAGCUUGGCUGCAGGAGUUGCCAGGAAGACAAGUACAAAGCACUAUCCAGCCAUCUCAGGGACUUGAGAUUUGUGUAGGGUUCACUGCUUAGCCCAUUCUUCUCCCUAAGAUGUCAUGCAAGGCAGAGGGUAUGGCUUGUUCCUUGAGGUUUAUUCCUGAAGCCUUUCUCAUGAAUGGGUAUAGCUGCAAGGCAGCAGAAGUUUAGGACCAGAGAUUUCCUUCUCCUGGAUUGUCUACCUUGCCAGGCUGAUGAGCCCCAUCGGCCCCUCAUUUCCUUCGACAGCAUCCUUCGACAGCACAUGCAAAAACCACCUUCUUGACCAUUGGAUCCACUUCCAGUCUUGUUCGCUCAAUCCUCUGGAGCCUGUCUUCACAUGCAGGGAAACUCCCUAACUUGUUGAGCGUUUGAGACCAAUAAUAAUACAGUGGUACCUGGGAUGCGGGUGGCACUGUGGGUUAAACCACAGAGCCUAGGACUUGCCGAUCAGAAGAUCGGUGGUUUGAAUCCCCGCAAUGGGGUGAGCUCCCGUUGCUCGGUCCCUACUCCUGCCAACCUAGCAGGAAGUGCAAGUAGAUAAAUAGGUACCGCUCGGGCAGGAAGGUAAACGGCGUUUCCGUGCGCUGCUCUGGUUCACCAGAAGUGGCUUAGUCAUGCUGGCCACAUGACCCAGAAGCUGUACGCCAGCUCCCUCAGCCAAUAAAGCGAGAUGAGCACCGCAACCCCAGAGUUGGCCACGACUGGACCUAAUGGUCAGGGGUUCCUUUAUCUUUACCUCGGGUUACAGAUGCUUCAGGUUACAGAUGCUUCAGGUUACAGACUCUGCUAACCCAGAAAUAAUACCUCGGGUUAAGAACUUCAGGAUGAGAACAGAAAUUGCAUGACAGUGGCAUGGCGGCAGCGGGAGGCCCCAUUAGCUAAAGUGGUACCUCAGAUUAAGAACAGUUUCAGGUUAAGAACGGACCUCCAGAAUGAAUUAAGUUCUUACCCCGAGGUAGCACUGUAGUAGUAGUAGUAGUAGUAGUAGUAGUAAUAAUAAUAAUAAUAAUAAUAAUAAUUUUAUUAUUUGUAUCCUGCCAAUCUGACUUGGUUGCCCCAGCCACUCUGGGCAGCUUCUAGCAUAUACAAAAACAUAAUCAAACAUCAAACAUUGAAAACUUCCCAUUGGCUACCCUCACCUGGUUUAGCCUGGCAGUCAAAGCCGUUCCUGAGAUAAGGCUGCUGUUGCAUGCUGACAGCUUCUAGGAGCCGCAGGUGAGAGCUGAGUUCAGGGUGGGGACCAAAGGUGGACAAACUACCCCAGAAGGAGCAUGAUGUACUCUCCACCAGAGGUAGUCCCGCUCCCCUCACACCCAAUACACCCCAUACCCCAGGUGUGGGGUGACUUUAACGUAACUGGGCAUUUGCAUGGAAAAAGGAAAAGAACUGUGUUUACCUGCGCCAACUGCUUUGGAACGAACAGGGCAGAAAUUGAAUUGAGGUUGCAGUCCCGUGUACACUUAUCUGGAAAGUGAAACACUAUUGGGCACAGUGGGCCAUGCAUGCAUAGAAGUGGAGAGGGCUCCUUUAAGAACACAGGAAGAGCUUGCUGGAUCACAGUGUCCAGCCAGAUUCCCCGGGGAGAAAUUGGCAAGCAGGACCCGGGUGCAAGACCACUCCCCCCUCCUUUAGCACCCUGAGCGCUGCCGAUCUUAUUGAGAUAUACCUAGGACUCCUGAGACUUCCCCAGCCAUUGCCCAUCCAUGUUUAAACCCUGUUUUGCAGCCAUGAUGGCCAGACCUGUGAAUGUUUUGAAAGGGAAAAUGGGAGAUUCCUCAGUUCUGGACCCAAUGCAACUUCUUUAGUACCACAGAAGGGGUGAAGCUCAGUGGCGGAACGCCUGGUUCACUUGCAGUAGGGCUCAGUUUCAUUCCUCCAGGCAGGUUUGGGAGACCCCGUCUGAAAUCCCUGAGAGCUGCUGCUGCUGCCGGCCAGUGUAGACGUAAUUGCGCUAGAUAUAUGUCAGUGGUCCGACGUGGUGCAAGGCAGCAUCUUCCUAGGUUCUCUCACGGAACUGCAGCACACAGAGACAGGGAGCCUCCUUUUAACUCUUCCCCCCCUUUGUGCUGCACAGCCUAAAUUCUACAAAUCGGUUAUCGACGAUGUGAUUGAAGUUGUCCAGGAUGUCUUUGCGGAAGAAGGGGUCGAUGAGCAGGUCCUGAAAGAGCUGAAGCGGGUGAGUUGAAUGGCUCUGGUUUGCAGUUUCCCUCUCUCUCUUUCUCCCAUUCCUAGUCUGGUCUGAGUAGCCUGUAUUCCUGUUUUCUGCAGAAAUUCCCAAACACUUUCCUUUGACAUCAGUGGUGCAGUGGAGGGUGGGGCAGGGACAAAGCCCCGCUACUUAUUUCACAGCAGGGACAAUAAUAAGAUCUCCUGGACCACUAUAUGUCAAUAGUGCCAAAUAAAUAAAAGAGAAAUUCACCAGAUAAGGCCAAAUUAGUGAGCAAGCUGUUGAGAUCCCCCAAACUCUUCAGCUCCUCAUUGCUAUUCUACCACUACUUGCCACUGAUUACCAGUUUAGUUCAUAUUUAGAGUUUACAGCAUCUGUCUGUGUCACAGGGGUGAAAGGGAGCCAUAUCUAUCUUCAUUUUUUAGUUAAUGAUGGGAUGUAGAACUUCCCCUAAAAAUCAAAAUUCCGGUUAUUGGGUUCUGAAGUACACUCUGAGCUGAGUUUAUGUUCUUGUACUCUGUCUUGCAAUUUCCUCACAAAGAUCAUGCUUCUGGUUCUUGCAUACUUCCAAACGGGGAUGGUCAGGACUUUUUUUCCCAGCCAAAACUUGCCAGAACUCAGUUUCAGCACCUCUCAGGUGGGCACCAUUGCCUUUCAAAGAGAACAAGGGAGGUGUGUUCAUGGUGAGUUCUGGCACCUCUAUUUCUAGAAAAAUAGCACAGAGGAUGGUUAUUAUAAUCUUAGCUGCUCCCCGCUUUCUUGAAUAGAGUCCAGGGAUAGUGCAAUGAUGUUUAGUUUCCUACAGGUUUGAGAGGGAGCAUGCACACCGGAAUCUCUCUGUAUUUCUAUAAUAUUGGUUUGUUCACAGAUAUACCAGCAGAGCAUAGUAGAAGCAAAAACACCCCCCAAAGCAGGUAGCUUAAUCACCGAUCCUGCACCAUAUCCCCUAGAAGCAGCUAAUACAAAGUCUUAAGGCCGUACCCCAGUUAUUCAGAUGACUUCCAUGGAAAACUCAGCUCUUUGCUGUUCCUGGGUUUCACCCUGCAAUUAUUCAUUAAUGAACAAUUAUCACGCACCAGGUGAUUAUUUUAGCAUAGCCAUAGUGAUAGGCCCACCCACAGUGACAGAGGAGGCUAAACUCAACAAUAUAUAAAGCCAACGGGUUAUGUUAGAUCCUGACGGGGAGUAGAAAAAUCAGCUGGCUUAAAUGAGAUCUUUUCACCUUUAUGUGUGUGUGGUUUUAUUAUUCAAACCUCCUUUUCUUGCAGCGCUGGGAAACGAAAGUGAUGCAGUCUAAAGCGACGGAAAGCUUCUUCCGCCACAGCCACCUUCCUCCCCAAUUCACCUUGCACCUGCCUCCCAACUUCCACCAAGCCCUGCAGACGACAACAGGUUGAUGAACGGUCUCUUUCUGCAGAUACUUCACAGUGGUGGCUGUGGGUAGCUCACUGGGGAAGCGUACAUCUGGGCUGCAGAAAACCCCUUGUUCAAUCCUUGUAUGUGAUGGUUGUAUGUGAUGGCAGAGAAGGGCUGCCCCUCAGUAGAUAAGGCUGGGUUAGACCAGGCAGAGCCAACAUGGUGCCCUCCAUAUUUGGCUUCAUUCCAGCUCCCAUCAGCCCCAGCGUGGCUGUUGGUCAGUUUUGAAAGGAGCUGCAGUUUCCACUUUUACUAACGGAUACCUGCUCGGCAAUAAUACCUUGUGAGGCACAGGCUGCAGUUCUAUACCACUGAGUGUAAACCACUGAGCCUCUUGGGCUUGCCGAUUGGAAAGUCGGCGGUAUGAAUCCCUGUGAGGGGGUGAGCUCCCAUUGCUUUGUCCCAGCUCCUGCCAACCUAGCAGUUCGAAAGCAUCUCAGUGCAAGUAGAUAAACAGAUACCGGUGUGCUGGGAAGGUAAACAGUGUUUCCAUGCGCCCUGGUUUCCAUCAUGGUGUUCCAUUGUGCCAGAAGCAGUUUAGUCCUGCUGGCCAUAUGACCCAGAAAUCUGUCUGUGAACAAACACUGACUCCCUUGGCCUGAACGCGAGAUGAGCCCCGCACCUCAUAGUCAUCUUUGACUGGACUUAGCUGUCCAGGGGUCCUUUACCUUUCCCCCUGGAAGUAAGCCCCUUUGAAGAGAGUGGGAUUUACAUACAAACUGAGAGGCGUAGGAGUGCUCUGAAUGAAUUGCAGUCAGAAGUCAAAGUGUGCUGCUGGCUUGAUGACGGAUUAAACAAAGAGAAUACUUGAGGCCUUACUGUAACACCAAGGGUGCUUCAUGACUGUUGCUAUUUUUGGGUGGGAUUCAAUCACGUACCAGCCAGUCUUCCAGUUGGGCAAAUGUCGUGGAUUACGAGGUCUUGUGCAACAAGCUCACUUCUCCAAAAGGUUGGACUUUUUGCAAGAAGGAAAGUGAGGGGGGAAUGUGCUGGAAAGUGUGGGGUGAUAAUCUGUUUUGGUGCAACAUCAUAUCACCUCCCUGCAGACAAAUCAGAAGGCAUGCUCAUUAAAUAGCCAGCAGUGCCUAAUCUCCCUGCAAACAAAUUGUGAUGGAUGCUUAAUAAAGUGGUUGUCUGGGAACGCCCCCUGACGCCAGCCUCUCGCCUCUGCUGAUUUUUGUCAGGGCUUAAUGGUGAUGCAUAUGCAGUGGGAGGAAUCACCAUGCAGGAGAAGACAAAACUUUACAUGAAGCCCUUGUGACAUUUGUUAUUUAAAUGAUAUUCCUUUAGGUGCUGCUGCCGGCAGAGGAAUUCAACAGUUUCCGACAUCAGCAGUGGCGGCGGCCGAACUUGUAUGUAGACUUAGCAUUGCCUUAUGAUUUUUCUUAUCCCCCUCAAAGGCAAAAACCUUAAAUUCUAUAUCAGUAUCAACAUUUCCCAGUUUAACAAUCUUUGGUGAUGAUAAAUAGCCUUGCAAAAUGUCAAUUGUAAUCAAGCAAUCAGCAUUCAUAUUGCAAACACCGGUAAUUAUAGAGAUGCCCAGUCCGUUUUUAAAGAGUUUCGUAUCGAUUGGGGAUGGGGACGACGACCAUUACGCUACUUUUGUCUGCCAUCUUAAACCCAAUUGUAGAUGUGGCCUUCUCUUGGUACAUUUGAGAUUGUUUUCCCUUAUUUCAUUUAUUGUAUUAAUUUAAUAGCUUGUCUCCUAAAAGCAUUUGAAAGCAACUUGCCAUUUAUGUAUUGAAUUGAUGCUUUGCUAGGCUUGUCUGUACGAUGGAUUGGGUCCAGGCUUGCACAUCACAUACUCCCGCCAGUGCUAGAGGAAGACAGCAGGCAGUGAUUUUCGUCAAUUUUGUCUCCCCCUGCAGCCCCUUGGAAAAACUGUCCCAUAGGAUUGUGGGGGACAGCAUGGGAGGUGGUGCUUGUUGCUGCAAAGCAAAGAGGAGUUAGAUCCUGUCUCUCCAUGUGAAUGGAUGGAGCCUUUGUCCAGUCACAGAUGUGCAAGUCUGGAUACAAUCUGCACUCUAAUAACGUACUCAGGAGGAUAAUUUGCAGUAGGAGGGUGGGCAACGUCUUGCAGCCCAAGGGCUGCAUUUGGGGCAACGUUCCCAAGGCCAAACGCUAGGGCUGGGCAGCACCAGAGGCAAAAGUGGGAAGAGCAACAAAUGUAAAACCCAACUUUCUACAGUGGGGUCAUUUCUACAUUACCCUCCUGCAACAUGCCCUGUGUGAGUGUCUGGAGGUGGGUGGCAGCUAACGGAUUAAGGUUGAAUCCCAACAAGACAAAAGUAUUAUUUCUGGGGGACAGGGGGCAGACAGGUGUGGAGGACUCCCUGGUCCUGAAUGGGGUAACUGUGCCCCUGGAGGAUCAGGUGCGCAGCCUGGGAGUCAUUUUGGAUUCACAGCUGUCCAUGGAGGCGCAGGUCCAGGGCAGGUGUCUACCAGCUCCACCUGGUACGCAGGCUGAGACCCUACCUGCCCGCACACUGUCUUGCCAGAGUGGUACAUGCUCUGGUUAUCUCCCUCUUGGACUACUGCAAUGCAGUCUAUGUGGGGCUGCCUUUGAAGGUGACCGAGAAACUACAACUAAUCCAGAAUGCAGCAGCUAGACUGGUGACUGGGAGCGGCUGCCAGGACCCUAUACCAUUGGUCCUGAAAGACCUACAUUGUUUCCCGUUGCAUUUUUAAGCACAAUUCAAAGUGCUGCUCCUGACCUUUAAAGCCCUAAACUACCUCGGCCCAGUAUACCUGAAGGAGCGUCUCCACCCCCAUUGCUCAGGCCGGACACUGAGGUCCUCCUCCAAGGAUCUUCUGGCAGUUCCCUCACUAUGAGAAGUGAGGUUACAGGGAAUGAGGCAGAGGGUCUUCUCAGCAGUGGUGCCCUCCCUUGUGGAAUGUCCUCCCAUUAGAUGUCAAGGGGGUAAAUAACUAUACUACUUUUAGAAGACAUCCCUAUAUGGGGAGGUUUUUUAAUGUUUGAUGUUUUAUUAUGCAUUUAUGUGUGUUGGUUGCUGCCCAGGGUAUCUGGGGCAACCCAUCCAGAUGGGCAGAAUAUAAAUAAUAAAAUAAUAAAAAUUACUGCUACUGCUACUACUAUUUAGCAAAGCACUUGGGAGGUGCUCCAAGCCACCAAGCCCUGUCUAGACUUGUUCUGCAUCUGCUGUAGCUUCAAGGGGGAACUGGGGAAAUGUUUCAGGGCUACAGAAACACAACUGACUGUUUCCAGACGAAAACCAGGCAACAUAUGAUGAGCUGGCAGAUUGAACAAAUUGAAAAUCUUGGCUGCUGUGAACUUCAGGAGGAGGGUUGGCCAAGGCUGCAAGAUCUGGAGGGCACUGGGACAGGAAAGGCUGACGCAAGGACAUGUCCUUCAAAGGACCCUGGGAUUAUUAUAUACUAAUGCAGAGCUUUAUUUUUCAAAGUGACCAAGAUUAGAGUGCCCAGAUAACAAUGUGACAUUCCACAAAUUCUCCAGUAUGAAGCACUAAACAGCUAGUUGCUACAGUAUUGCGGAGCAUUUUGCAAUUGCUAUGGCAGGCAGGAAGAUCCCUGAGUGGUCCAUCAAGACCCUCAGCCAUGUUCCAAGUGAUCCAUUACGGGGAGGUGGGGAUAUUUUAGAGAUACUGGAACAGAACAUGGGCUGCGAUCUACAAAAUCUAACUGAAUUUUUCUGACGGGCUUCCUUUUACUUCAGGGCACCUCCAGGUCUGCCGGUACAAUCUUCACCCUGCCUUCAGGCUUCGCCUAUCCCAUCCAAAUACCCGCUGGCGUGACUCUGCAGACGGCUUCUGGUAAGCAGAGCAGGUGCAGGCUUGGAACGUGGUUGAUACGGUUGGCAGGGUUUGAAGAAGUGUGCGAGGAAGACUGUGUGGAUUUUGCAAUGUGGAAGCUGGCCGUUGAUAAGCUUUAAGGGUAAAGACUGCACCACAAACUAGUUUAAUAAAAAAGGAACAAAAGAAUUGUUGCACGGUGCUUCCAGGCUGCUGCUGUUUUUGGGUGGGAUUCAGUUGCAUCCCAAGAAAUUCAGGUUUGCACAAUGAAAGCUGAUCGUAGACUCAUGGAAUUGUAGAUCAUAGAAUUGUAGAGUUGGAAGGCAGGAAUCUCAACUAAAUCAUCCAUGACAGAUGGCCAUCCAACUUCUGUUUAAGAACUUCUAAGGAAGGAGAGUCCUCCACCUUCCAAGGGAGUGUUCCACUGUCAAACAGCUCUUAUUGUCAGAAAGUUCUUCCUGAGGUUUAGUUGGAAUCCCUUUUCCUAUAACUUGAAUCCAUUGGUUCAGGUUCUUCCUUCUGGAGCAAGAGGAAACAAGCUUGCUCCACCCUCCUUUCCUCCUCCCCCUCCUCCUCCUCCCCCUCCUCCUCCUCCCCCUCCUCCUCCUCUUCUUCUUCUUCUUUGGUGAUCACUCUUGGUCGAGUAUGAUUGUCUUCCAUAAACACAGUCUUAACAGUGAGUCCGUAAGUGACUGUGGAUGCCAAUUCUGGAUUCACACAUCCUUCCACAGUGGGGGCAUAGGUUUCUUGGUGGGAUUUGAUCACGGUGAGGGUUUGCCAAGCGUGCCUUCCUCUUAGCACUUUUCUCCUUUUCGUCCUGAGUUUGAGCAUCUUCAAAGCCCAUGACACCAUUGGUAAAGGCUGUUCUGCAAUUGGAGCGCUCACAGGCCAGCGUUUCCCAGUUGUUGGUGUUUAUACUACAUUUUUAAAGAUUUGCCUUAAGAGAGUCUUUAAAUUUCAUUUGUUGACCUCCAGCAUUACGCUUCCCAUUUUUCGGUUAAAAAUACAGUGGUACCUCGGGUUACGUAUGCUUCAGGUUACAUACGCUUCAGGUUACAGACUCCGCUAACCCAGAAAUAGUAAGGUUAAGAACUUUGCUUCAGGAUGAGAACAGAAAUUGUGCUCCAGCGGCGCGGCGGCAGCAGGAGGCCCCAUUAGCUAAAGUGGUGCUUCAGGUUAAGACAAUUUCAGGUUAAGAACGGACCUCCGGAAUGAAUUAAGUACUUAACCCGAGGUACCACUGUAGAGUAGUUGCUUUCAAAGAUGAUAAUCAGGUAUCUGCACAACACGACCAGUCCAAUGAAGUUGAUGUUGAAGAAUCAUUCCUUCAACACUGGUGAUCUUUGCUUCUUCCAGUACACUGGCAUUAGUUUGCCCUCCAUCAUCCAUGUAACAGCUCUCAUCUACCUGGCUCUUCUAGAUCAACCCCAAAUUAUGGCUUGAAGGCACACAAAGCCACUAUCUGGUUGAAGCUAAGCAGGUCUGGUUGGUUAGUGCCUGGAUGGAGUACUAUCUGGGAACUGCAUGUAUGUUCCAUGAUGGAAGAAAGGGAGGAUAUAAAGUAAGGUUUUGGUUGGUUUGUUUUUAACUGAAGAAAAGAAAAAAGAUCUGGAGGGCCCCAGGCGGACCAUGUAUGUGUUUACGUGUGUUUAACCCUCUGUUAACUGCAAUGUUGAGCUGACUGUUGAUGGAUGAAACUUUGUGGGAGGGAAAAAGCUGAAUGGCAGUAGAGCUGGCAAACCAAGGAAUUUGGCCCACCUCUGGCUCUCUUCCCAAGCAGUUCUGAUUGGCCGUUGAGGGAGACAGGCCUACUCACAAUAUUCAGUUUCUCUUUCUUAGGGCAGCUGUAUAAAGUCAACAUGCCGGUGGUGGUCACCCAGGCCCCGGGAGGUGCAACUGUCCUCCAGAAUCCAGUCCAGCAAAUAUUCCAACAGCUCGGGCGGCAGCCCUCAGGAGCUCAGCCUGCCACCGCUGGUGCCAUGCCAGCGAACGCCUCUUCUCAUCAGGCACCCAGUGAAAACCUGCAGGCCCUGAAUCCUGCUGUAUCUCAGCAAGUGGGAAUGGAAGAGAAGACCUUGCCUGCUGCUGCUGCUGUCAUGCAGGAGGCUAUUGGGAGUCAUGGGAAAGCUGCAGUGGGAGCUCUGGUAAGAGAGCAACCAACCAGCUCCAUGGAGACCCUUCCAAAUGCAGUUGUUCUUGACUUGAAAUUACCGGAAGCACACUGCCCUACAGUGGCCACAGAAACGACGGCAGGAAGCUCUCCCAAUGGGUCAGAAUUGCCAGUCAAUCUUGAGCAGCCGCUGGAUCCCAACGAUAUAAUUGAGCUGAUAAUUAUGGGCAACGAGUUGGAUGACAGCACUCUCCUGUCUGAUGAAGCCAACCUCUCCUUUUCUGAAGAGGUAAUUCAUUUUAAAGCAGGGACAGAGUCCAACAACAUUUGGUGAGCCACAGGUUCCCUACUUUCUUUUGAAGGAUUUCUUUCCAUCUUUCUUCCGUUCAAAACUGCUUGCAAAUGUGAUUUUUAAAAUGUAGCAGAAUGUAGGAUGUGUGCAAAAUUGUGAAAUAAGCAUGCUCUUGGGUAUUUACCAUAUUCUUCCCAUUUAAAAUUGAGAAUGAGGAACUUAAAGGAGUUGGCGUGCACCCAUAAGGGGGAUUAAAUUAGCUGUUCCUACCAGUGGAAGCUGAACAAAGAUUAAACAAGUGCAGUGAGUAUUCCCCACUCCUCCCAUGCCCUCAAAUUGUAUAUGUGGGGGUCAGGAGAAUCUCUGGAACAGCAGAGGUGGGACAGAGAAGGGAGAUUGUUCCAUCGCAUAAGCAGAAAUACUUGUGCUGAUGGAGUGAUCUGCUUAGCACUACCCUGAAUUAUUCCCAUUGCUGGUUUUUUUUAUUUUUUUUUAUUAUUAUAAAGGACUACUUUCUGAAGGUUUUUUUUAAAAUGAGUGUAUGCUUGUGGAAUAGUUUCAUUUCAUUUCGAUUUAUCUUUGUAAAUUUUCAAUGACUGAAAGCUGGGAGGAGGAUCUUAGACUCCUCCUAAGCUCCGCUCCUAGGUUUGACACGGAUAAUAGUUGUCAUGCAUCUUUUCUGUGAGCACGCUUAUGUCUGAAUUGAUCUUGUGAGCCUCUCCCAUAGACAGAAGGGCAAGGCUUCAGAAGUAGUGUGGUGGGCAUUUGUUUGUGAGGAAAUGCUCCCAUGUCUUCAGUGUAGUGCAAAUCUUCCUUCCAGCUAGAGACUAGCGUGCAGAUGGAAGCUGAUCUGCAGACCCAGAAGGAUAUUGCCAAUAAUAUUGAAGAGAUAAUUCAGCUGGAUGGAACAGGUGAUGUUUCUCCCAAGGCAGAAAUAGAAAGCCCAAGAGAUGGGGAAGAUGAGGAACUUGUGGGCAUCAUUGAUGCUGAAGAUCUGAAGGUCCUGGAUGAGGAAGAGGAAGAAGACGGUGAAAACAGUACCUCAGACAAUCAAUCUCUUAGCAGCAGUAGUGAUGUGGAUGAACCCUCGGUUGACAUAAUUGAGGAGGUAAAGCUUUCGAUUCACUUGAAAAUGACUUUCUUUUCACAUCUGUGGCUGAGGCUGAAACUACACACGAUAUAAACUGCUUUCAGUUUCCUUUUUCUUUUUACAGUCAAGCGAUGUAUUAAUUUUAUGAAAUAGAUAAAUGGCAGGAAUCAGAGAGCAAUUUCAAGGACCAAAAGGGGAAAGAUAUUAUAUCUUUAUUCUUGUUUUGUUACUUGUGGACUUUGAUGCCAAUCCAGAUUUGGGCACUUUGAGUCUUUGAUACUCACCUGCAUGCCAUCCAGUUACAUGAUCUGCACUGCAGACAUGAGCAAUUGUGAUGCCCCUGUUGGGGCGAUGGCACCGAUGAAAAAUGUCUCUCCCCCUUUCAUUCUUUUGCUGCAUGAAAAGUCACGCUCUGCCCUGUAGAUUGUCCCACCUGUUUUGCACAUGCAGAAACUGAGAUGGAGACAUCCUCUGUGUUACAACAAACAUGUCCUAUGGCAGUAUUUUGUGGUGGUUCCUCAUAACACUUCCUCAAAAUUCCAGAUAUACUUACACAUCCCAGAGUGGCCACUAUAUCAACCCUUUGUGUUCUUGGAAGGCUGCUACCAUAAUAGAGUUGACCAGUUCUUCUUCUUGUUAUUUAAGAAACAUAGUUCAAUGCCAAUCAGGAAAAAAAAAACCUUUUCCUUUUUUAGGAUCCUUUAAAUUCUGGGGACGAUGUCAGUGAGCAGGAGACACCAGAUGUAUUUGACACCGAUAACAUAAUUGUAUGCCAGUAUGACAAGGUACAGUGAAGAAUGCUUGCUAGUUAAAUGGGCCUUUACAAUUUAAGUCCUCCCAGCCCUGUUAAAUGUUUGGGGAAAAUGUAGCUGCCUCCCUUUUUCACAUCUAACACAGACCUGGGUUUGCCAUGCAGGGAGUUUCUCCACAGGCUGCCGCACCAAUCAUGUUUCCCUGUUGAAAGUUCCUAUAUGAUGCAUUUACACUUUGUGUCUUAAGUAAAACAACUUAGAUGUGCGCUGGAACCAAAUAAUGUGGGAAGUGGACCUAGGAAUAAAUUAAGACCAUUUUAUCUGCUUUUUUGGGGGUAUGGACUGCAAAUACCAUCAGUCCUUUCCAUUGGCCAUGUUGGCUGGAGCUGAUGGGAGCUGCAUAUGGGAGCUGCCUAGUGGGUGGGAAGGAAUGGAGUGUCCCUGGAAAAAGGUGUGGAUGUCUGGAAUCCUGAACAGCUCCCUGCCUUGCAAGGUUGCUUGUUCCACAUGUAAGCUACUUUUUAAGUGUGCAGUGUAGAUAUUUCUGAGUGCUUCUGCUUUUAGUAUAUGAAUUGUUUUUAAUUGUUCAAUAUUUCCCGUUGCUUACCAAGGAAAGCAACUGUUAUUUUAGUGGGAUUUCAAGGCCCCAGUAUACUGCUUUUUGUUUUUUACCAGGUUCAGCGGAGUAAGAACAGAUGGAAGUUCUACUUGAAAGACGGCGUGAUGUGCUUUGGGGGAAAGGACUACGUUUUUUCCAAAGCCAUUGGAGAUGCAGAAUGGUGAAAUGUACAAAAAUAUCCAGAGUGUUUUUUGGGUUUUUUUGUUCAACGUUCGGUAAGAAUAUACUGAAAUGCUUGCCUUCCGAAAUGUGAAAUACAGCAAUGUGAAAAGAGACUUCACAUGAAAAACACAUGUAAAAAAUGAAUAAAUCCUACGUUAACAGUGA